AUGCUCUCUAAGAUAGUUGCCAUCUGUCUAUUUGUCGUGACAGCACGCGCCAUUCCUACCCCGUAUGGUUACGUGCCAGAACCAGUGGAAAAACCCCAACCUUAUGACUUUUCUUACGAGGUCAGGAAUGAUUAUGGCGACACUCAAUGGCAGCAGGAGUCUGGUGAUGAAUACGGCAACAAGCAGGGUUCUUAUGGUUACCGUGAUGCUGCAGGUGUCUACCGCCAGGUGGAGUACAUUGCCGAUCAAGCAGGUGCCCGUUUUGUGAUAAAGACCAACGAGCCCGGGACUGACAACCAAAAUCCCGCCGAUGUUCAAAUUACGUCGGAGAAAGCCCCUGCAACUUACCAACCCAAAGUUUACAGCGUCCCAAAACCUAAUGUUUACCGUCCCGUCCUUAAAAUCGCCCCUCCUGCGUAUGUUCCUUCUGUUUUGGUCGCCUGCUUGUUUGUUGUGGUAGCAAAUGCCGUCCCUACACCUUAUGGCUAUGCUCCUGAGCCUGUGGAGGCACCACAACCCUAUGACUUUUCUUAUGACAUCAAGAACGACUACGGUGACACACAGUGGCAACAGGAAUCUGGUGACGCCAGUGGCAACAAGCAAGGUUCUUAUGGUUACCGUGAUGCCGCAGGUGUCUACCGCCAGGUGGAGUACGUUGCUGAUGCCAAUGGUGUCCGUUUUGUGAUUAAGACCAACGAGCCUGGCACUGAUAACCAAAACCCAGCUGAUGUCCAAAUCACAUCCGAACAAGCUCCUGCUACCUACCAACCAAAGGUCUACGCCGCCCCCAAGCCUGCUGCUUACCACCCUGUAGUCAAGGUCGCUGCCCCUGCCUACGUCUCUGCUGCUAAGGAAACUCCUAAACCGUAUGAAUUCGCAUUUGAAGUGAAGGACGAUGAAGGAAACACUAUCACACGGAAGGAAUCAGGAGAUGGAAGCGGAGCCGUGACCGGUUCUUAUGGCUACAUAGAUGCUACUGGACAAUAUCGUCAAGUAACAUACUUGGCUGACCCCACCGGAUUCCAUCCUCAGAUUAAAUCCAAUGAACCCGGUUUAGGAGAUGCAGCUCCUGCCGAUGUCCAAAUUGUUCUUGAACCACCCCCAGCAGUCGCUCCUCCACCACCACCACCCCCUCCUCCGCCUCCUAAAAAACAUGUAAAAUAUAUUCAUAUCCCUGUACCGCAAUAUGGCUAUCACUAA